AUGGACUCCUCUACUACUGAACGAGCUGAGGAGGGCUUCUCUACUUUUAAGGAAUGGCAGUGGCCACGAUUUCCUUCGGGAUCCACCUACAUCCCCAUCCGGCCAACACCCCCAAGGACCGAGAUCAGAAACGCUCCAGAGCCCUGCCCGCCGCUGCUCCUUCUAGACAACGCAGACACUCUCGUAUUCAUCGAUUCACCGCCACGCUCGUCGACCAACUCCAUUUUACCUGCCUCAAGGGGAUAUGUCCCGCACCGUAUACACAGCCGAAAGCUCUUGCAAACUAAUUCUCCGUUCUUCAAGAAGCUCUUCAAUCCGAGGACGCAAGCUCGGAUUGUCAAGCGCCGUGGACUCACUGACGGGCUUACAAACGGGCUCAAGUAUGCUAUAGAUCUGACUCCUCCGACAGAGGGAGAAGAUGCGGUCAUCACCAUCACGGAGCUUUCUUGCCCACUUGGUAUCAGGACAUGGUCCCGCUGUCAGAAACGAUGGUGCCUCCCUAUCUCGUGCGUCGGGGGGCAGGAAGAAGUUGAGGCGUUGGAUACAAAUACACACAAAGGCUUCGGCGGACUGCUGUCCCAGGAAGGUUAUGUGGGAACGCCCGAGGCAGAACGCGAGAAGCUUGUACUACCGCUGGAGUACUCUCCUUCUCGUCAUUAUGCAGGCAUUGAGCAGAUCUUGCAGGCUCUGGAGGACUUCCAUCCUCAACUUGACACCCCUUGCAAGCUUUGGACGUUUUUCGCCCUGGCGAAGUUGUAUGAUAUCGCCACGGCACCGAAGAUAUGCGACCUCAUUCUUUCCUGGUUUUAUGAGUCCACCAACGUCCGAUUCCUUGAGAUCCACCCGGAGAUCAGCUAUCGGAUAGCUUGUGGAAUUCAGUGCGCCUCCCUCUGUCGGGACACCUUCUCUAUCCUUGUAGGGGAAGAGGCCCUACUUCUGCUGGCUAACGGGGACGAAGCGGCUCACUUGGGGAGGCCUCGGGUGACAUGGCAUGGACGCCUCCGUGAGUCGCUAGAUGACACCGAGCUCCAGCGUAUCGAGUACGCAAGUAAGAGCUUCCUGGAUCAUGUUACAAAUCGUUUCGUUCACUUGAUGGGGGCUAGCAUGGCAUGGCUCCAUGAUUUAUCCGAGUUUCAGAAAGUUCACCAUUGCCAACCAAAGUCCUCACAAGAAGAGAAAGCCAAGUCCCAGCUUCUCGCUGCUCUGAAAGAUUUUGUGAGAAGCACCUUACUGUCUCCACUAACAGGCCGUGUUUUUGAGAGGGGGGACCGAAAAGCAUCCCUCAGCUCACACGACCAUGAGGGCUAUCCACCUCCGAAUUUCGCAAACGCUUACAAAGAGAUGUCACCAACAGAGCGCAUAAUUAGUAGGACAUUUUGGCACAGUCUAUCCAUAGAGAGUUUUAGUGGCCAGUGCCCAUUUCGCUCCGCAAAGCCUUUCGUUAUUGCCUUUCUUGCCAAGAGCAUUCCACAGUUCGCAGAGCAAGAAGACUGGCGGAGCAGUGGUAUAUCACGGAAAGAGUUGAUAGCCAGAGUCGUAGACUUUAAUUCUUUCUACAGAAGGUUUGUGCGCAGAGUCUUCAAUUGGGAUGCGAGCCGGCCCCAAAUGAUGGCAAAUGCCCCCAGAUUCGAGUCUUCUGUAUACAGCGCACCCCAACUUCAGAACCUCCCGGGUAUUGAUUUGGUCCUACCGCUUGAGGCGAUUGAAUUUGACUUGGAGAGCUUCUUUGCUCAGGCUCAGCGCUACGUAAAUGACUACGCAAAGCAGAUGAUCACCCCCCGGUCUUCGACUAUGUUCUACGAAUUGACUGAUACUCUGACAUGUCUCACGGAGAAUGAGUUCAAAUAUCUUCCGUUGUGGGCUGGUGGCAAUGAUGACGGAUCCGGAGGCGUCUUUACUGAUGAUAACGUGCCAUUACUUGAGACGGGAGGCUUCUCGACCCCGGGACCAGCAAUCCAUACAGGCAGUACGGCCUCCUCUGUGAUGUCGCAUUCCACCAUCGCGCCCACAGAGUUUGAGAGUACAGUUCAGGGUGCCUCCCACAAGGCUACGGAAAGUCAUGAGAGUGAUAUAAUGUCGAUUGAUACCGAUAUUGGUCAUCAGGACAGUGAAAGGAACAGCGACCAUGUAUCAUUUUCAUGGCAGAGUGCUGAUGACGAUACAUCGAUCGAUCUGAGCUCGGCCGAUGACGAGGAGUUCGACUUCGAUUCUGCGAGUGACUCUACCGGCACCGUUGUUAUGGGCUCUCCGAGUCAUAGUGACCUUUUGAGUGACUUUGAGGAGGUGCAUGUGGACGACAACAAUGCCUCUAGUUCACGUCCCUGA